AUGCACUGCAUGUACAUCAUGGGCAAGACCGGCGACAAGGAGCUCGCCAUCUUGCUCAUGGCCUUGCAGCUGGCCUGCAAAGCCACCUCGCGAGCCUGCAAUAAGGCAGGCAUCGCCAUGCUUUUCGGCCUUGCGGGCGAAGUGAACUCAACAGGCGAUGAUCAGAAGAAGUUGGAUGUGCUGUCCAACGAGAUUUUCAUUGACGCGCUGACGAACUGCGGCGCCUGCUCUAUCCUCGUCUCCGAAGAGAACGAGGAGCCGAUCUUUGUCCCGCAGGAAAAGGCAGGCCGAUUCGUCGUUGCCUUCGACCCCCUGGACGGCAGCAGCAACAUCGACUGCAACGUCAGCACAGGGACCAUCUUCGCAGUCUACGAGAAAACCUCAGACAAGCCUGCUACAGUGGAUGACAUCCUUCGCACGGGCAACGAUAUCAUGGUCGCCGGCUACUGCAUGUACGGAGCUGCUACAGAGCUUGUGAUCACAUUCAAAGGGCAUGGAGUUCACCGCUUCACCCUGGACCCAUCCUUGGGCGAGUUUGUGCACAUUCAGGCUCACAUCGCGAUGCCUGAGGGCGGUGGCAAGAAGAUUUACAGCUGCAACGAGGGCAACAGCGCCAACUGGGAUGCUGCCAUCAAGUCCAUCAUCGCCAAGUGGAAGGACCCAGUGAAGCCCUAUGCGGCGCGCUACGUGGGUUCCAUGGUGUCCGAUGUGCACCGCACCAUCCUGUAUGGCGGAGUUUACCUCUAUCCUGCUGACGCCAAGUCGCCCAACGGCAAGUUGCGAGUCCUCUACGAGGGAUUCCCCAUGGCCUUCAUCAUGGAGCAAGCCGGGGGAGCUGCGUCUUGUGGCCUGUUCAAAGGCAAGCUUCAGAGACUCCUGGACAUUGUGCCGAAGACCAUCCAUGAGAAGUGCCCUGUGGUUAUCGGCUGCCAUCGAGAUGUCGAGGCCGUCCUCAAUGAGUACAAGCUCUUGGGGCUCGCGUAG